AAUGGAUCACACAGCAUGUUAGGUGAUAUUCAAUUAACCAAACGUUUAGUUAUUAUAGCUUUGGUUCUUGGCAUUAUUUAUAUUUUAAAAGAAUACGUGUUUGUUUACCCAUUAUGACUCAGCACAGGGUAGCGUAUUUUUAUAACGCCGAUGUUGGUAAUUUUCACUAUGGCCCCGGCCAUCCGAUGAAACCACACAGAUUGUCUGUUACACACAGCUUGGUAUUAAACUAUGGACUUCACAAAAAAAUGCAAAUCUACAGACCCUACAGGGCUAGCGCUCACGAUAUGUGCCGCUUUCACAGUGAAGAUUAUAUAGAAUUCCUGCAAAACGUCACCCCACAGAAUAUUCAAAGUUAUUCAAAGGACUUGCUCCACUACAAUGUUGGUGAUGAUUGCCCUGUCUUUGAAGGGCUCUUUGAUUUUUGUUCUAUGUAUACGGGAGCCUCUUUAGAGGGUGCAAUGAAACUGAAUAAUAAUGCAUGUGAUAUAGCCAUUAAUUGGUCAGGAGGAUUACACCAUGCUAAGAAGUUUGAGCCCUCUGGUUUUUGCUAUGUGAAUGAUAUAGUGAUAGCCAUAUUGGAACUACUGAAGUACCACCCUCGUGUUUUAUAUAUUGAUAUAGAUGUUCACCAUGGUGAUGGUGUGCAAGAAGCAUUCUACUUAACUGAUAGAGUAAUGACAGUCAGUUUCCACAAAUAUGGGAAUUAUUUCUUCCCCGGUACGGGAGAUAUGUAUGAAAUAGGUGCUGAAAGUGGCAGAUACUACUCUGUGAAUGUACCCCUAAAAGAAGGAAUAGAUGACCAGAGUUAUGUUCAGGCAUUUAAACCAGUGAUAUCGAAUGUAAUGGAGUUCUACCGUCCGACCGCGAUAGUGUUGCAGUGUGGCGCGGAUUCGUUGGCUGGGGACCGACUUGGUUGCUUCUCGCUGUCCACCCGUGGCCACGGAGAGUGCGUCAAGUUCGUGAAGAAUCUAAACGUACCUACUUUAGUAGUCGGCGGAGGAGGCUAUACAUUAAGAAACGUGGCGCGGUGUUGGACGUACGAGACGUCGUUACUUGUUGACGAGAACAUAUCAAAUGAACUGCCCUAUACUGAGUAUUUGGAAUUUUUCGCACCCGAUUUCCAAUUGCAUCCAGAAAUUAGCAGUACGAACAACGCGAACAGUAAACAGUACUUGGAGGCUAUAACGAAGCACGUAUAUGACAACUUGAAGAUGUGCCAGCAUUCGCCUGCCGUUCAGAUGACGCAUGUGCCAGGUGACUUCUUCCCCGACGAGUAUAAAAUAAAAGAUGAGCUAGAUCCAGAUAUUCGGAUUUGCAAAGAGGAAGCUGAUAUGAUGGUGGAACCCAAGAAUGAGUUCUAUGAUGACGAAAAAGACAACGACAAGGAUUCAACUAUAGAGAUGAAGGAACCAUAGCAUACAAAUGGCCUGACUGACCCUCUGGCCAUAUGACAUGAGACAAUAUUUAAGAAAUAUAAAAAAAAGUUUGUGAUAUAAGUGGACAUUUUUGUGCAUGUGAAUUUUAUGUGGACUGAUUUUAAUUAUAAGAUGUGAUAGUGUUUCUUUUCUUAUCGAUAAUGGGAUGAUGAAAUGGUGGAACACUAGUGAAGAAUUUUGGGUAGGCCAUCUUGGCGUUUCAACAAGCAAUUAACCAGGAAGAUUUCAGGGAGGAUUGCAUGGAGGUUGACCUUGAUUAAACUACAUGGCUAGUAAUUGGCCCACUACUAAUACUAUCUGCCGCCCUAGUGAUAGUGGUUUCCUUAUACAUUUUUUUAGUUAUAGAAAUGCAUUAGAACCUUUUUUGCAUGGUAUUGAAAUUAAAUUUAAAGAAUAAUAAUCCAACCAGAGUAAUGCUCAUGAUACUGAAAUUAAAAAAUCGAAAUUCGAUUAAUGAUAAAACGUUUCCCUUGCUUUGGAAUUUGUAUAUAGGUGUUUAAAUUUUUUAUAUCUAUGUACUAGACUUUAUUUAACUAUUUAAUUAUUAUUUUCCUCUUUCACGACAACUGAGUGCGAGGCGAGGCACUGUAGCGUCUGCAAAGGACACUUUCGGAUGAUGUCGAAACAACUCCAUGGUAUACAGUUAUAAAAUAUUAGAUUUCAUAAUUAUUCUCAAUUUCCCGCUUUGGGAGUUAUCAAUUUCUAUGAGUAGUACUAUCUGGCGUUCAGCUUAGUAAACCCUUUGCAAUUGACCCUAUAUUAAGUGCUAAGGUUUCUACUGCAUUCAAUGUAUAGUAAAUAAUUAGAGUUAAUUGGUUGUUGUAAACUGUAUAUAUAGUUACAUAUAAAAGAAUAACAUUAAUGUAAGGACUGCUAUAACGAGGCAGGCUGCUUGACAUAAUUAUUACUAGAUCUGCAUAGUGACUUCGUAUCAGGACCGAAUUGAAAUGCAUCGAUUAAAGAUGACAUAUUUCACAUGUCAAGUUUGUGGUCGACAACAUUGACAUUAUUGUCUAUGGAGAAUCUGUUUACGUCCGUCUACCUGUGAUCACGUGGAAGCGGCUGCGCCGCUUUUAGUGUCAUUUUAUAGAUUGAAUAGUAAUAAGAGUAAAAUUGAAUUUUUUUAAAGAUUAUUUGUUAAAUCAAGUGCACCACGGCUGGGCCGAUUUUAGUAAUAUUUCUAUAAUGUUAUAGAUAAGUAGCUUUUUAUAUUUAUAGAAUAUAGUAAUAUAAACUAGAACAAGAAAUAUCUGAUUAUACAUAAUAAAUAUUUAUAUCUUUUAAAAUAAUAACGUGGUCUCGGCGCGACGGCUUAGCACACCGCAUUAUUUUCCGUGGUUGUGAGUUCGAUACUCGUUGGAUUCAAACAUUUGUAUUCAUUACUUUCAUAGCGCUAUGUGAAAUAUAAUGGUUAAAGAAUAUUGUAAUGUAUUCCUGUCAUAUCAAUUGAAAAUAAAUUACAUAUAUUCUAUGUCAAUAGAUCUUAUAGAAAAUGUAUGUAUCUUAAAAAUUGUCUUAUGAGCACUCACUAAAUGGAAAUAAUAACUCAUUUAUCCGAAUGUUCUAACUACAUAUAUCACUAAUUUAUAUUUAUUAGUAUCGAAUACAAUUUAGAAAGUGAACUUUCUAAAUUGUAUUCGACAAUUUUUAAGCGAAAAUUGCGACCAAAAAGAAAAACUAUAUAUACAGGCAGUGGCGUAGCUAACUAGGAGCUAGGACGGGCAGUGCCCCGGGGCCCUCGAACCCUUACCAGAAAAUCUCGAGCUGAACUUUUGAAAAUUUCUCCCAUUUUCAAAAUAAAUAUAACAGGUUGCAACCCGACUUUAAUCAUGGCAACUCAGUUGAGAGAAAUUCGAAAGUUAUACCUUCGGAAUUCCCCUAAAUUAUUUUUGUGGGUUGGCAGUGUUGUUAAUUUGACGGAUAGCGAUA